AUGGGAAUGUGGUUGAACCAAUCAUCCAUAGAUGGAUUCAUCCUCUUGGGCAUCUUCUCCCACAGCCAGACUGACCUUGUCCUCUUCUCUGCAGUCAUGAUGGUCUUCAUGGUCGCCCUCUGUGGGAAUGUUCUCCUCAUCUCCCUCAUCUACAUAGAUCCUCGACUUCAUACACCCAUGUACUUCUUCCUCAGUCAGCUCUCCCUCAUGGACCUCAUGUUGGUCUGUAACAUUGUGCCAAAGAUGGCAGUCAACUUCUUGACUGGGAGGAAGUCCAUCUCUUUUGUGGGAUGUGGUAUACAAAUUGGAUUUUUUGUGUCUCUUGUGGGGUCAGAGGGGCUCUUGCUUGGACUCAUGGCUUAUGACCGCUAUGUGGCCAUUAGCCACCCACUUCAUUAUCCUGUGCUCAUGAGUCAGAGGGUCUGUCUCCAGAUUGCUGGGAGUUCCUGGGCUUUUGGAAUACUGGAUGGAAUGAUUCAAAUGGUGGCAGCCAUGAGCUUACCUUACUGUGGCUCAAGGACUUUGGAUCACUUCUUCUGUGAGGUGCCAACUUUAUUGAAACUAGCCUGUGCAGACACAUCCCUUUUUGACACCCUGCUCUUUGCUUGCUGUGUCUUCAUGCUAUUGCUUCCCUUCUCCAUCAUUGUGGCCUCCUAUGCUCGCAUCCUGGGGGCUGUGCUCCAUAUGCGCUCUGUUCAGGCCCGUAAAAAGGCCCUGGCCACCUGUUCUUCCCAUCUGACAGCAGUCUCUCUUUUCUAUGGGGCAGCCAUGUUCAUUUAUCUGAGGCCAAGACGACACAGGGUCCCUAGCCAUGACAAAGUGGUCUCUAUAUUCUACACAGUUCUUACUCCUAUGCUCAAUCCUCUCAUUUACAGCCUGAGGAACCGGGAGGUAAUGGGGGCACUAAGGAAAGGGCUGGGCCAUUGCAGGAUUGACAGCCAGCACUGA